UGGAGUAAAGGAGGAGAGAAGAUCUUAGAACAGGGAUUGGCUACAUGUCAACUCAGGGAAAGUCUGAGCUGAGACAUAGUUGAGAGUCAAAGGAUGCAAAGGGAUUAAAAAAGGAAACACUGAGCUAUAGUUACAGACACACACACACACAAACAAACAUACGAAGACAGCAGAGCCAAAUGGGAGACCUGAAAGGGAGACAUGAACUGCUACAUGGGCUGAAUACAGGCUUGAAGAUAAACUCCUCCGGGGUAAUGGGGCUGAUCCGACAGUCUCUGGAGGCUAAAAAAUUUGCGUACUGUCCCUACAGCAAGUUCAGAGUUGGAGCUGCACUUCUGGCCCAUGACGGCAAAGUGUUCACAGGCUGCAAUGUUGAAAAUGCCUGCUACAACCUGGGUAUCUGUGCAGAGAGGACUGCCAUCUCGAAGGCCGUAUCAGAAGGAUCCAGAGAUUUCAAAGCCAUCGCAAUAGCCAGUGAUUUGUGUGAACAUUUCAUCUCCCCCUGUGGAGCGUGUAGGCAGUUCAUGAGGGAAUUUGGUGGCAGCUGGGUGGUGUACUUGUCCAAACCAGAUGGUUCCUACGUGGAGAUGACAGUCGAAGAACUGCUGCCUGAGUCUUUUGGACCAGAGGAUCUGAAGAGGAAGAGGGUGUACACUAUUCCAAAUGAAUUUUAAGAUUUUAAAAUAACUUUGUAUAGUUAUAGCGACAUUUUGCAGACGAUUUUCCCCACAGAAUCUAAUCCAAGCAUGUAUUAGAGUGGUUAAAGACAUACAGUAAAGAGUCUUUGCUCGCAGCCCCAGUGAAAAAAGGUUCUUCUGGGAUUUAACACUGUCCCAGGAAUAGAAGAGCAAAACAUAGGGAAUGAAGGUAUUUGUAUUAAGAGUGGCACCAAGCUUCUGGUGGCUGAUCAGGAAAAAGGUUAGUGGAGUCCAUGUACAACAGUGUCCCCCUCUCAGAAAGGGUUCAGUGUAGAAGCUAUUAACUAUCUUUAACAAAACAAAACAAAACAAAAAAGGCCCUUAAACCUGUUUUCAAGCAGUGCUAUAUGCAUUUGGAGCAUUAAUGGAUUUACUAGCUUACUUCCUGGACUUAAAUAUUAGUGCUUCUCUUCUUUUUUAGUGAUACCGCUGUCAGAAAGUGAGCCAAGGUUUAUCAUUUUUGGUGCUCAUUUGUAAUACGGAAAAAAAAAGAAUUUCAAUGUAUUUUAUAAGUUGUAAAUAUAAUUUUCUGUAAAUUUUAGACAGUAUUUAAGAUACAUUUGAUUGCUAAAUAAAGUUGAUACAAUCCAAUUAA